AUGGACACGGAGAUUACAAAGAAGCAAGAGUCCGCGGUCGCAAAGACGCCAGCAGAGGGCGGAGAAGAAACACUCAUACCCGUGAUUAGCCAUGGUCCAAGGCCUCUUCAAUAUAAGAGCAAAGUUCCCUAUGAUUUAAUUACUACGGAGAUUUCUACUUCGCUUCCUAUAAUCAUCGCAGGGAAAGAAUCAAAGAAAUACGAAGCGCUAAACUUGGAACGGCAUAUGAUAAGUCUGGUGAAAUGGGUGACAGAAUUGUUGCCUAUCAGAACUCCGUUCAGAUUUAUGGAUUUGCCUGCCGAAGUGCGAAAAAUCAUAUUUCAAUUGAUCGCCUCUACAUUUCUCUAUUUUGACCCUAAAUUGAAGGCUCAUGUCAAACAUAUUGCUCUCGGGCGCUAUGAUCCGUGGAUAGUGCACUACCGGUCGUGUUACUCAACGGGAUUUGAAGAAUUCUUGAAGAAAGAGUAUCCCUCAAAACCUCACUUUUCGCCAGAGGAAAAAGCGAAACUGUAUACGGAAUUUGUCAAGGACGCAAAUGAUCUUGUGUGGACCUUCAAAGAUCACCCGAACAGAAAUGAAAAUCAUUUGCAGGUUGUUGAUGUAGAAGAGUCCUUAAACAAUAAUGAGUAUAAAUCUCAGGAAAUGGUUGAUUGGAAGUACCUUGAUUGGUUUCGACAAUUGGCAAAUGUUAGUAGGCAAUUCAGGUUGGAGCUGGGUUCUAUAAUAUGGGAGAGAUCUAAGAUUUACUGUAGGGGUGAUAAGAAAGUUUUGGUAUUAGGUCAAUUCUUGGAAGCAAGUACAGGAAUAACGAAAGGAAUCAGGGAGCUCGUAGUCUCUGUUUUUCAACUCGUUGAACAUUGGGAUGAUACAUGUGUUGAGGAUGAAUGGGAUUACAUUAUGAAUGAAGGUUUACAUGGCACGCAGGCGACUUUUUUUCAGAAUUUCAUGGAAGUGGUUUCACAAAAUUUGAACUUGGAUUAUUUCACGCUAAGUAUUGGCGGUCCGAAGAGCUCUAUUGUUGACCUCGCUGCAGGGGAAGGUGUGAUGAAAGUCUUGACCGAGACUCGAGCGCUCAAAGUGACUAAGGGGUUUCGCGCUGAAAUCAGUUCGAUUAAUCCGGAAAACAAUGAUGGCAAAGAAAAUGCCAGAAAACUCGCCGAGUUCAGAAUCGAAUGGGAGCCAAAGAUCACAGCGGCACUCCUACCUGAUGUUUUGCGUCCUCAAACACCGAAAACAGACCGAAAUCAUUACCUUGAGUCUCGAGCCAAAGAACAAGAGAUCGGCGCUAUCUAUUAG